AUGGAUAAAAAAUAUUUAACAAUUGUUGUUGCUUUGGAUGAAUGUAAUGGUAUUGGACGUAAUAAUACAAUUCCAUGGCAUAUUAAAAAUGAUUUAAAAUUUUUUCGUUAUGUUACAACACAGAAAAAUGAUAAUAAUAAACAAAAUGCUGUUAUUAUUGGACGAAAAACAUAUGAAACAUUUCCAAAACCAUUACCUAAUCGUUUAAAUAUUGUUAUUAGCAGUAAUCAAACAUUACCCAAUAUAGAUUAUUCAAAUGUUAUUCGAGUUAAUUCAUUUAAUGAUGCAUUAAAAUAUGCAAACGAAGAUUCAAAUAUUGAAAAUAUUUUUAUUGGUGGUGGUGUAAGAAUCUAUGAAGAAGCAAUGAAAACAAAUCUUGUUAAACGUGUAUUUUUAACACGUAUUAAAGGUGAUUUUCAAUGUACAGCUGUUUGGUCAUCACUUGAUGUAUCAAAAUUUAAACGUAUUGAAACAAUUCCAGAUGAAUACCAGCAAUUUUUUAACCAGUCAGAUGAAAAUGAUGAAACACCAUUAUAUCAUUUAGAAAUUUAUGAACGAGAUAUUUAA